GCAACCCUGUAAGGCAAUCAUAAAACAAAGUAUGUUCUGUGAGACGACCAUUGACAAAAAGUUAUUUGCUGGGGUUCGUCCGUCGUUUCGUCAAUUUACUUUUAUGACAGAGAACUGUGCUUGCAAUUUGGUGAUUAGACAGCAGUGAACUAAUGCAUUUGCAAUAAAUAGACAUUAUUAACUCAAGUUGAAACGCAUAUUCCGGAAAUCAAUCUCGAGAAUUUGCUCAUCGCAAGGACAUUUCUACCUGAUUAUAUUGUGAGAGUACGGGUUAAUGACUGAAAUAAAGGCCAUGGAGCACCCGACUUUGAAGGUGCCAUAUGAAAUUCUUAACAAAAAGUUCCGCAUCGCUCAGAAAACACUGGAUCGCGAAUUAAGUCAAAUCCAGAACGCUGCUUCUGAGCUGGAGAAAGGUUUAUCGGAAGGUUCGGCCGGAUCGGAAAUUUCUCGCUUACUGGGAGGUGUCGUGGAGCGCUUGCAUAUGUUGAAACGUAAAGCUGAAGAGAGCAUCUCUGAGGAGCUAUCUGCUGGAUUGGUAUGCAAGCGUCGCUUGGAACACCUCAAACAGAACGUAAAUUCAUCUACGGAUACAACUACGAUGGAGCUGCAGGUAGCGGCCACUAAUCAGUGGAAGAAGAUUCGACUGGAUCGUAUGAUCGUAGAGCAUUUUCUACGGUUAGGUUAUUACGACACAGCGGAACGGUUAGCCAUCCGCAGUGGAAUUCGAGAUCUCACCAAUUUGGACAUAUUUCAAAUAACCCGCGAGGUCGAACGCGAUUUGGCUGCCCGAAGCACAGCUAAGUGUAUUAUCUGGUGCAACGACAACAAAUCCAAGCUGAAAAAAAUCAACUCGAACAUCGAGUUCCAACUACGAGUGCAGGAGUUUGUGGAGUUGAUUCGCGAUGAUAAACGCUUGAUGGCGGUAAAGCAUGCCCAAAAAUAUUUUCCUGCUUUCGAGCAUGAACAACUGAAAGAAAUUCGCCAAUGUAUGGCACUGCUGGCUUUUCCAGUCAGUACCGAAAUCGAACCAUACAAAACUCUCUUCGAUCCUCAGCGUUGGAAUGAUCUAGUACUGCACUUCCGGCUCGAAAAUUAUCGUCUGUUCCAACUCCCAGCUCAAUCGGUACUGAGCGUGGCCGUUCAGGCCGGUAUCUCGGCGCUUAAAACACCCCAAUGCUACUCGACAACAUCAAAGAACAUGAACUGUCCUGUUUGCCAGAAGAACAUUAACGAAAUUGCAGAGAAUUUACCGUUCUCUCAUUGCGCCCAGAGCAGGUUAAUUUGCAGAAUAACCGGCAAACCACUGAACGAACAUAACCUUCCAAUGAUGCUGCCCAACGGACAGAUUUUUGGCCAGCAGGCAAUCGAACAGAUGCGACGCGAAAACGACAUUAUCGUGUGUCCGAAAACAAACGACAAAUUUCGCUCACCGAAGAUCGAGAAAGUGUUUGUCAUGUAGUAGAGGAGUAGUCGCCAUUGUCAUCGUGUGCAUCAUCGGCAAACCAGGUUACGGUAUUACUACGCAGUUCUAAUUUUUCUCGGGCACUUUUGUACCAAUUAUUUUGCCCUUUUGGCAAAACGUUCAAGCAAUAUUAUUUUGAAUCCUUCAUCAAAAAAGGUGAUAAUUGGUUUUAUCACGAUCAGCUUGCAAUACUAGUGGCCCUCAUCGAUAUUAGUCACUUUGAAUAUUUUUUUAAACUUUCGUUAACAUUUUUUAAAUAAUCUUAUACUGCAGAUACGUUUCAAAAUUUGAGUGAUUUGGAUUACUUUCAAAUUACGUGUAAUGUAGCAAUAGCGUACGUAUAUCAAUAUUUCCUAGCAUAGAAACUACAAUUUAAGAUACGUGGAUCAGCCAUCAAAGCGUCGUUGAAGUUCUAUGGAACCAAACUAAACGUGAAAAUGUUAAAUACCAAAAACAUGCCAUCUCUUUACGAUUUGUACGCAGUCUAUUUUCACUAAACAUUAUGCAACUUAAUUGCCGUUUAGUCUUUAAACGCUUUGAUCGACUAGCCCUAACAUGUAAAGAGAUUGGAUUAUUUUCACGAGAAAAAAUAUAUAUAUUUUGAUACUUUUCAUUGAUAUUAGAAGCAAACAAUUCAAUAUUUGUUAUUUUUUACGGAUAGAAAUUAUUAAAAUGGGUUCUUCAAUCGUUUUUUACUUUCAGUUACUUUUGGUAAAAUUUUGGAAAAACCCAAAUCUUACACACAUGAGAAAAUAUAAAAUCAUAAAACAUAUAAUAAAUCAUAACAUUAAAUUAUGCAUAUACUAAGUUACGAAAAGAAUUGUUAUGAUAUUUUAUAAUAUCAUAGAAAAAAAGGGGUUUUCUUAUCGAUAAUUGGCAUGAUCCACUAUUUAUCGUUUAAGUACGUAUCUCUCGAGCAAUCCAAAUUACUUGUUUCAUAUAUUCCAUGAUUAUAACACCGAAGAACCCAUUUUAUGCCAACUUUGACAUUAUAAAUACAAUGCAUAAGUAUAAGUUUUUAAUUGUCAUAUCGCGAA